UAAUUUACGAACAAGUUCUUAUAACAGUUAUUGCAUUUUCAGGUUUCUCGCGAUUGGAAACUCUUUUAAAAGCCUAGGAUUCAGUUAUCGUUUGGGAUUCAGCACAGUAGGAGAGAUAGUUAAAAGUGUUUGUGACGCAAUAUGGAAAAGAUUAGCUCCUAUUUUUAUGCCAGAGCCCACUGAAAACAUUUGGAAAGUUUCGGCAGAAAAAUUUAGGGAUCUUUGGCAGUUUCCAAACUGUGUAGCAGCAAUUGAUGGCAAAUAUAUCGCUCUUCAGUGCCCAAUUGGAGGGGGAUCAAAAUAUUUUAAUUAUAAAGGUUUUCAUUCAGAAGUUCUCCUCGCACUAAUUGAUACUGAAUACAGAUUUAUUGCUAUAGAUGUAAGCGCAUAUGGUAAAAACAGUGAUAGCAAUGUAUUUUCAACAUCUGUAAUUGGGAAGAAACUAGAAGACAAAACACUGAAUAUUCCACGAGACACACCUUUGGUUGAAAAUUAUACUCCGAUGCCAUAUGUAAUCGUUGGAGACGAGGCUUUUCCCCUUAAAACAUAUUUACUUCGACCAUACAGUAGACAUCACCUCGCAGGAGACGAAGAAAAAAAAAUAAUUAUCGAUUAUCACGGGCUCGAAGGGUUGUUGAGAAUGCAUUUGGCAUUUUUGCUUCACAGUGGAGAAUCUUUCGUCGACCUCUGGAGGUACAACCAUAAAUUGCUGAUAAGAUAGUAUUGGCUGCUUGUUGUCUACACAAUAUGCUUUGUAAAAAACGUAAACCUCCCGAUGAAAUUGAGCAACUACGUCCGAGAAAUUCUGCUAUGCGAAAUUUGCAACAACUUAGAAGAAAUGCUCCACGAGAAGCAACAGAUGUUCGAGAUUAUUUUAAAAAUUAUUUUUAUUCAUCUAUUGGUUCAGUACCAUGGCAACUGCCUAUGAUCCGACGAGGACAACACGCAAAAUGAAAAUCAUAUCGAAGCUAAUAAUCUGUGUUAACCUAACUAACCUAUUAUUUAUUACUAACUGGCGCUUGUUCCUCGCGCGCUUCGCGCGCUCGGUAUAU